UGGAGAUAUAAAGGUGUGUUCCCACUUAAAGGUGCGCAAACAGCAGAGUCAGGUUGAGCCUCGCCCCUCCGGAUGGAGUCCAGGGCAAUUCCUUUGGUAAUGUUUCGCUGGACGAAGCCACACAUUCCGCCUCUUUUAAAAUCCCCCGUGGAUCCACGUCCUGUACUUGAAACUGAGCCAGAAUCAACUGACCUUUGUCCCUGAGGCAAAGAUCUGGUUCAGGAGCCCGGUCCAGGGACAUAAGGAGAGAGUGGAUCUGAGCUCUUCUAAAGUAGGAAACCUCACCUCGCACUCCAGAUCCGUCAGAGCCGGGGAGACACCACCACACCCAGCUCACUGCGACAGCAGAGAUGGAUCUGGACAUGAAGGUGUGGAAGAGAGUGUUCCAGGAAUUAAUUCGGGAGGUGAAGCCGUGGCACACAUGGCAACUCACACUGGACAAAAGCCUUCUUCCUAACAUCCUGAAGCCAGGGUGGGCACAAUACCAGCAGUGGACCUUCGCCUGGUUCCAGUGCUCCCUGUGCUCUCGAAAUUGGGCCUCCGCCCAAGUUCAGGUCCUUUUCCACAUGCACUGGAGUAAGGGGGAAUCCAGGGGGCAGGUGAAGAUGAGAGUCUUUGCCCAGAGAUGUCAGAAGUGCUCCCAGCCUUCGUUUGAGGUUCCCCAGUUCACAGAAGAGAACAUCUCAAGGAUCCUGAACAACCUGGUGUUGCAAAUUCUGAAGAAAUGCUAUAGAGAAGGAAUUAAGUUCGUGAAGAGUCCUAUGAUCAAGGACGCUGCUCUCAAAGGGCCACAUAACAGUGACAACUGUGAGGCUUGUCUGCAGGGCUUUUGUGUCCAGAAUGAUGUAGGUCUGGCCGUGCAGUCCCCUAUAGCCCUGUCAUUUCCCACAAUAAGCUCACCCACCCUCGGGAUCACUGCUGAAAUGCCUUCUCCCAUGAGUGGGAGCACCAGAGGGGAGGCAGUGAAGAAAAAGAAGGUAUUACCCAGAUCGUGGUUUCCUGAGCCCACACCAGCUGAGAGCCUCCCUACUGCCUGGAGCCCAAGAACAAACACCAGUUUCCAGAGGGAGAGAAGAGACCAUGAUUCCUCCUGCGAUCAGAGCUUCUAUUCCCAUCCAGCCCAGCAUCCCAGGAGCACAGGCCUGCGUUGCUGCUGUUUUAUCCUAAUUUUAAUUGUAAUUAUAAUCAUCCUCAUAACUGUAAUUGUGGUAAAAGUCACUAUCUGAGCCUCAAAAGCUUGAUCAGUGAGUUUAAAAAAUCAGACAGUCAUCUACUGUAUAAUCCCACUGAUGCAAAAUAUUCAGGUUAGGUAAAUCUAGAGACAGGAAGUAGACUUGGGGAUGCCAAUCAAAGGAUGGGGAAAAAGGUGGGAGGGGGGUUCAGGAUGGGGAACACAUGU